CCUUCCUUAUCUCCAUCUCUUCCCUGUUCUUGUGAGUGCAUGGGCCCUCCUUCUCCAGUCACUCACCUCCUUCGCCAGUCUCUCACUCUCUCGCUUUGUCUGUCUACACUGAGCAGCACGCGCACUCCGUCUCCCGUUUCCAACGGCGAGAAAAGAAGGUGAAAAGGACAGGAUUUGCUGAUGCUAGAGGCUGGAAUGCGGUCGGAAGAGUGAAAAAUGCCGCCGCUCGUUGGCGCGGUCGCCAGUUUUUGAACAUAUUUCCACCGCUAAUUUUAAUGUUGCCGACGGAAAUCACGGGAGAAGUAUCCUUCACAACAAGUGGGAAACGGCGUCGCGUGGAAUGGCGAGGGACGAGUUGGGGAAUAGAGAGCAAGAUACGGACUCGAGCACCCAGGUGGGAGGAGGGACAGGAUGAAAACAGAGGAGACCCAGUCCUGUCUUCAGCAGGGGCCUUCAGCCACACCUUUUGGCUCGGAGCACGGGGGCGCCGGGGGCGAGGUGUGCGCCGGGUGCGAGUCGCCCAUCGCCGACCGCUUCCUGCUGCGCGUGAACGAGCGCUCGUGGCACGAGGCCUGCGUGAAGUGCGCCGUGUGUCUGAGCACGCUCAGCGGGACCUGCUACUGCCGCGACCGUCUGCUGUACUGCAAGCACGACUACGAGAAGCUGUUUGUGCGGAAGUGCAGCGCCUGCCUGCAGGUGAUUGGCCGGUCGGAGCUGAUCAUGCGGGUGCUGGGGCAGGUGUAUCACCUGGACUGCUUCAGCUGCUGCGAGUGCGAGCGUCGGCUGCAGCGCGGCGACCAGUUCGUGCUGAAGGAGGGCCAGCUGCUCUGCCGCGGCGACUACGAGAAGGAGAGGGAGAUGCUGUCCGCCAUCAGCCCCGCCCCCACCGAGUCAGUGAAGAGUGAGGAUGAGGAGGGAGGGAGCAACUCCGCAGGGAAGGGCGAUGAAGGGAAGGAGCACAAGCGCUCCAAACGGCCGCGCACCAUCCUCACCACCCAGCAGCGUCGCGCCUUUAAGGCCUCCUUCGAGGUGUCCUCCAAACCCUGCCGGAAAGUGAGAGAGACACUGGCUGCAGAAACAGGACUGACGGUGCGAGUUGUGCAGGUGUGGUUCCAGAACCAGAGAGCCAAGAUGAAGAAAAUUGCACGUCGACAGCAGCAGCAGCAGCAGCAGGAGCAGGAGCAGCUGGGCGGAGCCAGGAGAGGUUCCAGGAGCGGGGGCCGACAGAGCAACGAUGACAGCGAGGAUGGAUCCAGUGGUCAUGCACUAGAGGGCCUAAUGGCAUACUCCUCGUUGCCACGGCAGCAGCUCCUUGCCUUGGAUCCCAACAUCUACGGAGGCGAACCAUUCCGCCACGGGCUCACUCCCCCUCAGCUGGGCCCAGACCAGCUGCACUCCUAUGAUUCAGAGACAGUGUUCCAUGAUUUGGACAGCGAUGGAAGCCUGAGUCACCUUGGCGAUUGUCUCCUGGCGACAGCAGAUGGGAGUCUCCUGACGGGGAGGGUGGGAAACCCCAUUGACCGCCUCUACUCCAUGCAGAACUCCUACUUCACCUCCUGACCCCUUAACUUCUGACCCCCGACCCCACCACAAACCCACACACCGAACUAGGUGCAGCUAAAGCAUGUUGUCCCACAAAACCAGGACCUGCAGAAACUUCCAGAACUCAUCUCACUGGUGUCUAUUUAAAUUGGGCUCAUCUCAUUGGUGUCCGUUCGGACAGAACAUCAUCUACUGGUGUCUGUUUGGACAGGGCGUAUGUCACUGGUGUCCAUUUAGACAGAACUUCUUUGACUGGUGUCCAUUUAGACGAGACUCAUCUCACUGGUGUCCAUUAAGACAGGACUCAUCUCACUGGUGUCCAUUUAGAUUGGGCUUAUCUCAUUGGUGUCCAUUCGGACAGAACAUCAUCUACUGGUGUCCAUUUAGACAGGACUCAUCUCACUGGUGUCCAGUUAGACGGGGCUCAUCUCAGUGAUAAUUGUUUAGACAUUAGCCGGAUUCAGUAUAAUGUAGUAUGUUACAUAAUGAGGGUCUAAUGACCUUGGAACCUGGUGACCCGAUUCAAAGGCUCGUGUGAUUUGGGUCUCAGCUCUCAUGCUGUACUUCACCACUUCACAUGGAAUUCACCCUCUUUGUGGAUUAUAUAAAAUGGCAGCUGCUCGCUGCUACACUGGAGCACCUUGGCUCUGUGUAACUGAGACAGAACGGAUGGACGUUCUCCAUGUUCUUGCCACCUGUAUCAUUGAGCGCAUCCUUCCCAGCAUACCCUGGGAAAGCUCAUUUUACACGUGUGCUUGCAUGCUUCACCCGCUGAAUGGUGUUCUCAGUGUCUGAUCUGCUGACCAGGGUUAAAAUGCCAAAUCCCCAGCAGACAUGCGCACACACCUACACCCGCUUCAGAGUCACAGCUUGGAGAUGGACCGCCAGUAACACCUCAGCGAGGUCACAGAGUACCUCCCGGGAAUGGAUCGACACAAUAAUCUCGACCCGACUCUUGCCUCAAAACUCACCCAAAAUCGAAAUCUCAGCUCAAAAAAAAAAUUCUAAUCAAAUUUUCUCAGCAAAAAAAUUUCCCCCGGUUUUUCCCCCCAAAAAUCUCAAUCUCAAAUUCUCAGUGAAAAAAUGUGUUCAGGAUGCCUUGAAAACCUUGGGAGGGUCCACGUGUUGUGGGGGGCUGGGGGGUGGGUAAUGAAAGCUCACCUGUUUACCUGAAGUGGCUCGUCUCCCUCGACUACAGGGCUGGGGAGGCAGCAGUGAAACGGAGGCGAAAAUCUUACCGUGAAACUCACCGCUGGUCCGUUUUUGUGUUUGCUCUCUGAAGAAAGAGUUCCUAAAAGGCGCUAUUCUGUCUCCACAGAGGAACUCCGUCGAAUUAAAGAGUUCUUUGUCGGGCAAAACAGUUCAGUCUGAGAGCCUAUACAGUUUCCACACCUACGUUGGAGGGCUCCAUAAAGAACUAAAAAGGGUUUUUUCCGUUUGGUGUCAAGCCAAAGAGCCCCUUCUUCUGAGAGUGUAUUUAGUUUGACUGACAAGGAUGGCAGUUAUCUGAAUAAUCCAUUGGCAAGUACGCAGAUGAGGAAUUUUAUCUUUCUUCGCAUCACGUUGCACGAUGGAAAUUAUUAGGAGGAUUUCGAUUCGGUAAACUCAAGUUUCAUCGCUGCAAAGUUUUGAAUCCUCACGGAUCAAAUUAACAUAUCUCGCAUCGUCAGUAUUCCAAAAGGAAGAAUUCGGAAUACAGCUAUCCAAAAAUGUUUUAAUGAUCUGUUGGUGGAAGAGAACACUGCGUGCGUCUGUGAGGUAAAAAAAAAAAAAAAAAAAAAAACGAGGCUACCACCUUCCCUGCUGUCGCUGGCAGUUAAACAUUGCCCUCACAAAAAUCGAGUAAACAGGGUUAUUCAGGUCACAGGGUCGUUCAGAGAGCAAGGCUCCAGGGUAACAGGGUCAUUCAAAUAGAAAAGUGUACUGGACAGAGUUGUCCCCCAUAGAAUUGUUUUAUUUUUUUGAUGCGAUACUGUGAAUUGUACACAAAAAAAAGACAAAAAAAGGGGCGUCAACCACUACAGCAACAGUAAAGAGUAAAUAUGAUAGUAUGUUUGGGAUGUAUAAUAAAUCAAUGUUUUAUUAUUACGAUUAUUAUUAUUGUUGUUGUUGUUGUUGUUGUAAUAAUUACUACUGUAAAUGCUAAUGUCAUUGUUCAGAUUUGGACUUGACACCCCUUUAAAAACACACUUUGUUAGGUAUUUAUUAUACUCUUACUGUGGGCGUGUUGAGGUUCUUUGAUGUCGGAGUAUUUAUGUUUCAGCAUGAUGUAAUGUGACAUUGACACACAGCAUUUAGGCCUGGAGCUCCACCCCAAACACGACGUUUACGCCAGGGAUCUGAGGCCAUACCAUCACGGCCUCUUCCUGCGGUACCGUAGACCAGGAGAAACCCACUAAGACCUCCUCCUGUACCGUAGACCAGGAGAAACCCACUAAAACCUCCUCCUCUACUGUAGACCAGGAGAAACCCACUAAAACCUCCUCUUGUACCGUAGACCAGGAGAAACCCACUAAGACCUCCUCCUGUACCGUAGACCAGGAGAAACCCACUAAAACCUCCUCCUCUACUGUAGACCAGGAGAAACCCACUAAAACCUCCUCUUGUACCGUAGACCAGGAGAAACCCACUAAAACCUCCUCCUCUACAGUAGACCAGGAGAAACCCACUAAGACCUCCUCCUCUACUGUAGACCAGGAGAAAUACACCGCAACGGUCCUCCUCUACGGUAGACCAGGAGGAACCCACUGCAAGCCUCCUCUUCUACAGUAGAGAAAGGGAGACCCACUGCAAACCUUCUCCUCUACAGUAGACCAGGAGGAACCCACUGCAAGCCUCCUCUUCUACCAAAGAACAGGAGAAGCCCAUUGCAACCUCUUUCUCUACUGUAGACAAGGGUCUUCUGGUACAUUAGAUGGAAUAAUGGGUAACACGUUCAUUAGAUGUUAUAAAGCCAACGUAACGCUGCCAAAAUCAUGAUGUAAGACCUGUCAUUACCAGUCACAACAGCGGUUGUCGCAGCGUCACUGUCACAAUGCACCAAAUUUUAGGAAGCAGACUUCCCGCUGUUGUAACAUGAUUGUGGUGCACGUUAUGUCAGUGUAACGACACUGAUCGCAAGCUGUAAUAAGCUGUCAUGACUGGUCUAUGACAGGUGUUAUGCCAAGCUUAUGGCAGUGUUUGUAGUGGAGUCCCGGUUGGGGUGGGGACUCUGAGCCUGCGGCCCUCACUGUUCUGCUGAUUUUUUUCCCCCUCAUAUUUUCAAUAUAACCUGAAACACUGAGUCGC